AACACGUCAUAGCUCUGGUGACAAUUCUAUGCUCGCAGCCGCAUAUACUUUCAAGUCCAAACAAGAAAGAGAUGCGACGGUGUUUUGGUGACAGACAAAGACAUAAUAGGAGUGGAGAGAGAAGGAAUGCUACACCUGUAAGAGAUGGUACAAAGCUACUACAGCCUGGUGCCAUCUGCGGCAGGAAUAAAGGUGUCUCGGAUAUUGAGAUGGACAGAGGUCCGGGUGCUGGUGUCUCCGAAACUGAGAAGGAAAGAAGUGGGGGUGCUCAUGCCUCCAAAACUGAGAAGGAAAGAGGUGAGGAUGCUGGUGUCUCGAAAACUGUGGACAGAGGUCGGGGGGCUGGUGUCUCCGAAACUGAGAAGGAAAGAGGUCGGUAUGCUGGUGUCUCCAAAACUGAGACGGAAAUAGGUCAAGGUGCUGGUGUCUCCGAACCUGAGGAGGAAAGAGGUCGGGGUUCUGGUGUCUCCGAAACUGAAAAGGAAAGAAGUCGGGGUGCUCAUGUCUCCGAAACUGAGAAACAAAGAGGUCAGGAUGCUGGUGUCUCGAAAACUGAGGACAGAGGUCGGGGGGCUGGUGUCUCCGAAACUGAGAAGGAAAGAGGUCGGUAUGCUGGUGUCUCCGAAACUGAGACGGAAAAAGGUCAAGGUGCUGGUGUCUUGGAUACUGAGAAGGAAAGAGGUCGGGGUUCUGGUGUCUCCGAAACUGAGAAGGAAAGAGGUCGGGGUGAUGAUGUCUCCGAAACUGAGAAGAAGAGAGGUCAGGCUGCUGGUGUCUCCGAUACUGAGAAGGAAAUAAGUCGGCGUGCUGGUGUCUCCGAUACUGAGAAAGAAAGAAGUCGGUGUGCUGGUGUCGUGGAGACUAAGGUGGACAGAGGUCAGCGUGCUGGUUCAGCUGGUAAAAGGAAAAUAUACAAGGCUUUUGGAGAGGAGGAGGGAGAAUGUUUUGGUGGUGGAAGAAAAUGGAGGAGAGAUCAAAGUACCAUUGGAGGUGGAGAUAGAGGAGACAUUGAAGACGAAAGUGGAGGAGAAGACGUUGUUGAUGGCAAGCAGGGAGGAAGUUGGGAGAGAUUGCACUAUGUGACUGCAGGUGGAGAUAGAACUGUUCUUCGUGGAGGAAGAAAAAGACGAGACAAAGAUCUCACUGUUGAUGGAAAGCAGGGAGAAUAUGAGAGGUUUGGAGGAAGAUGGGGGAGAGAUGAGUACAUCCUUGGAGGUGGAGGAGGCGCUAUUGUCGGUGGAGGAAGAGAAAGAAGAGGCAGAAAUGGCUCUGUGGGUGGAGAGCAGGGAGAGUACGAGAGGAAGGAAAGAGGUCAGCGUACUGGUGUCCUGGAAACUGAGAAGGAAACAGGUCAGGGCUCUGGUGUCUCCGAUACUGAGAAGGAAAGAAGUCGGUGUGCAGGUGUGGUGGAAACUGAGGUGGACAGGGGUCGGGGUGCUGGUUCAGCUGAAAAAAGGAAAAUAGACAAGGCUUUUGGAGAGGAGCGUGGAAAUUGUUUUGGUGGUGGAAGAAAAUGGAGGAGAGAUCAAAAUACUUUUGGAGGUGGAGAUAGAGAUAGAGGAGACAUUGAUGACGAAAGUGGAGGAGAAGACGUUGUUGAUGGAAAUCAGGGAGGAAGGUGGGAGAGAUUGCAGUAUAUGACUGGAGGUGGAGACAGAACUGUUCUUCGUGGAGGAAGAAAAAGACGAGACAAAAAUCUCACUGUUGAUGGAAAGCAGGGAGAAUAUGAGAGGUUUGGAGCCAGAUGGGAGAGAGAUGAGUACAUCCUUGGAGGUGGAGGAGGCGCUGUUGUCGGUGGAGGAAGAGAAAGACGGUUCAGAGAUGGCUCUGUUGGUGAAAAACAGGGCGAUUGUGGUGAUGGCGGUGGUAAAAUAUGGAAGAAAUACCAUUACAACACUGAAGAAAUUGAUAAAGGAAACGAUGACGUUUGUGCAGGAAUAGAGUUAGGACUCGGAGAUGGUGCUGUGUUGGGAAUGCAGGGAAAAUGUGAUAGCAAUGAAGAAAAAAGGAGAGGAGAUCGUUGUACUGAAGGAAGAGAAGUAGAUGGCACUGUCAAAACAGCGCAGCCACAAUACGUUGAUGGUGGCAGAAUGUGGACAGGAGAUUACAUCAAAAGAGAAAGAAUUACGAAAAGACAGGACAGCGAAAGAGGACAAAGACUGAGCGUAGAUGAUGGCGACAGACACAGAACAGAUGCUGUUGAUGGAGAUGGACAGAACCUGAUGGUGGACAUCGUUGCAGAUGUUACCAAUGUGCAGAACGGCCAUUCCAACAUCAUAGUACAUCAAACAGUACAUGUCAAGAAUCUGAUUGUAAUGCCAAGACGUGUUGGAAGAAGUAGGAAGCUUCGGUCAAGGUCACGGAAGGUAGCCACAAGAUGUACGCAGACUGUUGGUGAGGUGGCCAAGGUCACGCGAAAUACAGAGACGGUUGGUGAGGUGGCCAAGGUCACGCGACGUUCACAGACUCUCGGUGAGGUGUCCAAGGUCACGCGACGUUCACAGACUCUCGGUGAGGUGGCCAAGGUCACGCGACAUACACAGACUGUUGGGGAGGUGGCCAAGGUCACACGUCAAACCAAGUCUGUGAGACGCUACUUGAGGCCACACUGCCAAGAUCAGAAGGUCAAAGAAAAUCUCACGAUUUGGUUCCACGUUUUAGUUCAAAUCGAGAUCCUGGUGGUCCUGAUCGUGAUGAUGUUCAUGCAGCAUUAAUUCAAUCCGAACAUUUGCUGCAAAAUACGCGUGCGCAGGAGGGUGUAUAACAAUUCAAGAGUGUGUUAUAUGCCGGAAAUGUGUAAAACAGUUGUUUACUUGAAAUAGGAAUACGACACGUAGAUUUUGCAAGUAAUAUUAUGAAAAUAGAAUUCAGAUUGAAUUCAUACCUUCCGAAAAAAUAUUUAUGAGAUUUAUGUUCAACUAAGUGAUCUACGUAUUUGUAAACCACAUUUUCAAGUUCAACAUUUUGCCUGGAUAUCUUCCAAUGAAAUGUUAAACUUGCAAAUAUAGUUUACAAAUACGUUAGAUCACCCAGUUAAACAUGAAUCUCGGAAAUAUAUUUUCAGAAGGACAGAAUUCACUCUAAAUUUUAUUUUUAUAAUAUUAAACAAAAUCAAUGUGUCCUAUUUCAACUGAAACAACUGUCACACGUUCCCGGCAUCAAUUCUGCGCACGCCGGGGUGGGGACG